CUUUUGAUUUAACCUAACAGUAAUUGAGCAAACUUUACAUAAAAAUUGUCACUUGGUAGAAAAAUAAUGUAAACUUUACAGACAUACAUAAUAGAGAUGACAGUAUUAGAUGCAGCAAAAAGAGCCAAACUUGCAGAAUAUAGAAAACAGAAAGAUGCUUGUUUUAUGGAAGCUAUAUGGCAGUCAGUAUUAGUAUUGGGUGCAGCAUGUGGUGGUGUACAUCUUGGCCAAAAACUUCUAUCUUCAGUGUUACCUUAUGGACCAAUGAAACAUGUGAUGGUGACAGUAUUAGCUGGGGCUGGAGCAUCAACUUAUGUUUCGGCAAAGGAAUCUGCUAAAUGUAUACAUAAGUGGAAUAGACAUAUGGACAGAUUAUAUGACAGAAACAAAAAGACAUAACCAGUAUUCAGUAGUGGACACAAGACAUUUAUUGAUGGGUAGCCUCACACCAUGUGGUUUUAAUGCGGCAGAUAAAAGUUGGGAAUAAACAGCUGUGAUAAAAACUUUACAACAGAGAGAACAGUCUAAAAAGUUGUUUUGAAAAUUGAAGAAUCAUCAUUGUUUUUUAUUUAAUUAAAUUUUUAUAUAAGAGUUUAA